AUGCAUUUGAAGGGCAACAGCUCACAUAUUUUCAAACCGUGUUCCUUUACUUUACAGGUAAUUGCUCAGCAUCAAAAUCUCCUGAUCGCUAAACCCAACAACACAAUCAACUACACUUUGCUAAGCAAUGACAAUGCAUUUCUGAGUUACCAUCCCUAUUACUUCACCCAGAGGACCCUUACGGCACGCUUUCAGAUGAAUAACACAAAGCCCCCCCACAUCCAGAUGGUGAGGAAGCCUGUGCUGACAGUAAUGGGCUUGCUGGCUUUGCUAGGAGAAGAGCACGUUUCUGCCAAUAUUUCCAGUCACAAAGCAGAAGACUGUAACACUUUGGGAAUAUUAGCCAGUUUGCAUAAACCUUCAGGACUACAAUUGUCCGACAGCUGGCAAGCAUCAAUACUGAUCUAUUCAAGCAAUGAUAACAAGACAUCCUUAAACACCAGUACUGUGAUUCUAAAGAUAGCCAAUUAUCCUAAACACAAAGAACUUGUAUAUGUCACAUACUACUUGGAUAACAGCCUAACAAAUCCAUAUUUGCAAUGGAAGAAAGUGGGAAUGCCGGAUUUUCCUUCUCAGAUGCAAUUGGAGCAAAUAAGAGAUGCUGAGGACCCUGUGGUGAAAGGACCAUUUCCACUACCUGCAAAAGACCAUUUAGUACUGAAGCAAGAACUUCCAAUUCCAGCUGUUUUCCUCCUUCAUAUUUGUGCAAAGCCCCUCUCUGCUCCCAACCAGGUGAUUGGUGUUCGUUUCAUUGGUCUCAUGAAAGGACAAGUUCUGAUAACAUGGGAUGACAGCGGUGUGAAUUCAAAGUGUUUGAAAAAAUUUGAAGUGAUGUUUUCAGUGGAUGGGAAAAAAUAUCACCAAAUCAGUGUCAAAGACAGUAUAUUUACAAUGUUAAUCUACAGCCCAGGAACAACACUCGUGGGCUUCUACAAAAUUCGUGCUGUGGAUUACUGGGACAGGCCAGGCCCAUUUUCUGUACCUAUGUUCUACAGAGAACCAUCUUAAAAAGAAGCAAAAAAUGUUCAUCAGAAAUUAUGUAGGCUGGUAUAUCAGAAGUUACGUAUAUAUGGAUGGUUAAAACUGCAAAUUGCAGGUAGCUUUUUAUUACAGGAAAACCAUAACCUUUAAAAGGAUGGUUUUCUUGUUCUUAACAAAAUUCUUCUUUUUUUGGCUCAGUUUUCUGUUGUUCUUUCACCAAUAAUGUGGAGAGGCUCUUCUCUCCCAUAUCAUUUUAAGCACUCUCCUGGAAUUACAUCCCAGAAAUUAUGAGAACAAAGUAGAACACUGCUCAUCUACAUUUUCAUCCCUAUAUUGCCAUAAUUGGCAACAAGAACACCCAGUUAUUACCUGGAGUGAAAUAAUGAUAAUUUCAAGCUGCAGAAUCUGGGUGGCAUGAAAACAGGAUGGAUUUGUCAACCUUUCCUUAAAGCUACCACAUAAGGGUGUGCCAUUUAGAUUCCCAACCACAAUAUUCAGUAGUGGGAUUCAAAUAAUUUAACAACCGGUUCCCUGCCCUAAUGAUUUCUUCCAACAACCAGUUCACCAAACUGCUCAGAAAGUUAACUGGUCCACCCAAAGUGGUGUGAACUGGCUGGAUCCCACCACUGACAAUAUCAUGGUUCAGGGAUCCCCAUUCUCUGGUCUGUGCCAAGCCAAGAUGUGCUGGAAACCGGGCAGUGCAAGCAUCAGGCGAAUGCACAAAGCUACAUUCAUGCAAGCAGUAUAUGUGAGAAACUAUUUGUCUCCCCUCCCCUGCUACCGCCACCACUGCCAGUCCACAGAACUGGAAAAGUUGGGAUCAUGGUGGGUUCAUAGAGAACAUGAGCACUCAUUCCCAUAAUCCAGUUCAGCUCAAAGAAGAUACCCCCUUCUUCAGCUUCUACCCAAGCCUUGGAAUAAGGCAGCUUCCUCCGCCUCAAUCCACUUCAUUCUUUUCUUCAAACUUGGCAUCAUUCAAACACAUCACAACCUCACUUUUUUUUACAGCAUCAGGAAGGAAGUAGAAGGAAGCCUCCUUCCAAAGAGCAGAAGCUAUAAACAGUCCAGCUUGAAUACUUGUGUAAGGGGAAGCUCCAUGUGAAACUUGUUUUAAACAAGGAUAAUUUAAGCACAGGGAUUGUAUUUUCAAUAAAUAUUUAUUUACCUGAAAAAGCAUUUACUUAGAUAUGGGUGAGGUAACAUAUUCCGAUUUUCUGGUCAGAAUAUUUAAGAAUGCCUUCCUAGAAAAUGUAUGCCUUUCCAAUAAAUAAGGUAUGUUCAAAAAAAGUCAAGAUAGUGAUUACAAUAAUGCAAUCAAAGCACCUCUUUUGCAUGUACAUUGCAGAGCUUUGAUUGCACUGUAAUCAUCAUUAUCUUCAUUUUUUUUUAUCAUGCCCUGCCAUCUUGGGUUUUUGACCACACUUGAAUUGAAUGUCCUUGAAUUGAACUCCGCACUGUCAGCUUUAUAGCUUAGGGAUCUUCAACUAGGGCUAAAACUAUGAGUAGCACUGUAUUGAGACAUAAGCAAGGUGAGAAGUUUGAAUCAGGCAAUUUCAAUUCAAAUAUCAUCCCAGUUACUAACCUACUAGUUUUUCAUAAGUGGCCCACUGCCAAAUGGGAUUGUAAAGAUUGCCAAUUCUUUUAAAAAAUGAGAAAAAUUAUUAUUUUUUGGCCAUGGUGGGGAACAAAAGGAAGAGACCAGAAUUAAAGGCAUCAGAGUCCAGCAGAGGUUUAGAUAUAACUUAUAUUUGAAUAUGUUAAGAGGAAACGAUGGUGCUAAAUUUGUUUGCACAUGCCCAAGCAUACAAGGUUUGAAAGUUCAAAAAUAAUCUUUGCCUUCAUAAGCAAAAAGGUCUUUUAUUUUUAUUGUAGGAAUUCAAAUGUUCAGCUUUGAUACUAAAUGUAGAUUUUACUUAAAGAUUUUCUGUAAAAAACAAACU